CCAUUUAUUUAUCAGAUCUUUAGUGAUGGAGUCAGCAGAGGAGGAACACGUCGCUCCUGUGGUUCUACAACAUGAAGGAUUCCAGAUGAACAUAAUAAUAAAGGAGGAAGAUGAAGAUGGAAGUUACUUCUGUGAAGGAUCCAUAAUCCCUGUGGAACUCGUCACCUCUGAGGAAGAGGACCCAAAAGAGGACCCAAAAGACCAACAGUGUGGAGGUUUUCAGACGAAGCCUGUGAAGAAGGAAGAACCUGAAGAACUGAACAAGGAUUUCUCCUGCUCCGCAUGUCCAUGUUCCUCUACAACCCAAAAUCACCUCCACAAUCACAUCAAGAGCUGCAACCAUGAUAAAUAUGAUACUCUGGUGAAGAUUAAGACUGAACAUGAGGAUCUGAUGCCUACCAGAAGCUCCAGUAAUCAGCAAACGUCCUCUGGUACUGUCAGCAUUAACACCUCUCUCAGUCACACACAGAAAGGAAACGUCUGCUCACAGUGUGGGAAGAGCUUCAGGUUCCUGAGUGGUCUCAAAGUACACCAGCGCAUUCACACUGGGGAAAAACCGUAUCAGUGCUCACAGUGUGGGAAGAGUUUUAAUGACCAAAGUCAUCUCAAAGUACACCAGCGCAUUCACACUGGAGAGAAACCGUAUCAGUGCUCACAAUGUGGAAAGAGUUUUAAUCAUCAGAGUGCUUUCAACAAGCACCAGCGCAUUCACACUGGAGAGAAACCGUAUCAGUGCUCACAGUGUGAAAAUAGUUUUAGUAGACAGAGUUAUCUCAAAGAACACCAGCGCAUUCACACUGGAGAGAAACCAUAUCAGUGCUCGGAGUGUGGUAAGAGUUUCAAUCGCCAGAGUGCUCUCAACAUACACCAGCGCAUUCACACCGGAGAGAAACCGUAUCAGUGCUCAGAGUGUGGGAAGAGUUUUAGUUGUCAGAAUAAUUUCAAAAUACACCAGCGCAUUCACACCGGAGAGAAACCGUAUCAGUGCUCGCAGUGUGGAAAGAGUUUUAAUCAUCAGAAUGCUUUUAAAGUACACCAGCGCAUUCACACCGGAGAGAAACCGUAUCAGUGUAUACAGUGUGGGAAGAGUUUUAAUGAACAGAUUCAUCUCAAAGAACAUCAGCGCAUUCACACUGGAGAGAAACCGUAUCAGUGCUCACUGUGUGGAAAGAGUUUUAAUAGACAGAAUCACCUUAAAAAACACCAUCGUCGCAUUCACACUGGAGAGAGACCAUAUCAGUGCUCACAGUGUGGGAAGAGAUUUAUUACACAGAGUCAUCUCAGAGAACACCAGCACAUUCACACUGGAGAAAAACCGCAUCAGUGCUCACACUGUGGAAAGAGUUUUACGUAUCAUAGUAAUUUCAAAAUACACCAGCGCAUUCACACUGGAGAGAAACCACAUCAGUGCUCCCAGUGUGGAAAGAGGUUUAAUUAUCAGACUGAGCUCAAAACCCACCACCUCAAUCACACUGGAAAGAGACCGUAUCAGUGCUCACAGUGUGGGAGGGGUUUUAAUCAACAGAGUCAUCUUAAAACCCACCAGCGCAUUCACACUGGAGAGAAGCCGUAUCAGUGCUCACAGUGUGGGAAGGGUUUUAUGAAACAGAUUCAUCUAAAAAUACACCAGCGCAUUCACACCGGAGAGAAACCAUAUCAGUGCUUACAGUGUGGAAAUAGUUUUAUUAGACAGAGUGACCUCAAAACACACCAGUACAUUCACACCGAAGACAAACCGUAUCAGUGUUCACAAUGUGGGAAGAGUUUUGAUCGAAUAACUAAUUUUAAAAUACACCAACGCAUUCACACUGGAGAGAAACCCUAUCAGUGCUCACAAUGUGGUAAGAGUUUUACUCAACAAAGUAAUCUUAAAAGCCAUCAGCGCAUUCACACAGGAGAGAAACCGUAUCAGUGCUCUCAGUGUGGAAAGAGUUUUACUUGUCAGGGCACUCUCAAAAUACAUCAGCGCAUUCACACUGGAGACAAACCCUAUCAGUGCUCCCAGUGUGGAAAGAGUUUUAAUAAUCAGAGCGCUCUUAAAGAACACCAGCGCAUUCACACUGGAAAGAAACCGUAUCAGUGCUCAGAGUGUGGAAAGAGUUUUAAUAAACAUACUUAUUUUAAAGAACACCAGCGCAUUCACACCGGAGAGAAACCGUAUCAGUGUUCACAGUGUGGAAAUAGUUUUAUUAGACAGAGUGAGCUCAAAGUACACCAGCGCAUUCACACUGGAGAGAAACCAUAUGAGUGCUCACAUUGUGGGAAGAGUUGUAAUACACAGAGUAAUCUCAGAAUACACCAACGCAUUCACACUGGAGAGAAACCCUAUCAGUGCUCACAUUGUGGAAAGAGCUUUAAUCAACAGAGUCAUCUUAAAGCCCAUCAGCGCAUUCACACUGGAGAGAGACCCUAUCAGUGCUCACAGUGUGGAAAGACUUUUAAGCAGCAGACAGGUCUCACAAUACAUCAGCGCAUUCACACAGAAGAGAAACCCUUUCAGUGCUCACAGUGUGGAAAGAGUUUUACGCAACAGACCGGUCUCAAAAUACACCAGCGCAUUCACACCGGAGAGAAACCGUAUCAGUGCUCACAGUGUGGGAUCUGCUUCGCUCAUGAAUCGACCAUUAAGAAACAUAAGUGUGACACAUCAAAUUGUACCAAAUAAACUAUUGAAUUGUUUAAACCACAUUUCUAAAACAGUCAGUAGCUCUUCUUAUUAUCGUCGAGUCACGGACCUUUUUCUGUGGACAUUCAGACUCGUAUCUCUCAACGACCAUCUGCCGAUGUCAAGAUCUCCCCUGGGAGCCAAGAGGCACCAGGUACCCCGAACUCUGGGUAAACUGUUGGAAGCUGUUUACACCUACACACACACACACUCACUCACUCAUGCAAUUGCUCCAGUUUAUGUUCUAACCAUUAAUGAAUCUUAUUCUUCUCAGGUUAGAACCUCAUAACCCAAGUUCUAGUGUUAGAAUUAUUUUAUGCAUUAUUAUCCCCAAUGAAUGAAUGUUGUUCUAAACUGUAUCUGU